UCCCCUAUUCGUCACUUCCUCUCCAGUCCCUGCGCAGUCGAUAAGGAAACCCGGACGCCGCUGUGGCUUUCUUUUUUUCAAGCGGCCGGGAAGAUGGCGGACAUUCAGACGGAGCGAGCCUACCAGAAGCAGCCCACCAUCUUCCAAAACAAGAAGAGGGUCCUGCUGGGAGAGACGGGCAAAGAGAAGCUCCCUCGAUACUACAAGAACAUCGGCCUGGGGUUCAAGACGCCCAAGGAGGCCAUUGAGGGCACCUACAUUGACAAGAAAUGCCCCUUUACCGGUAAUGUCUCCAUCCGAGGGCGCAUCUUGUCCGGCGUGGUGACCAAGAUGAAGAUGCAGAGGACCAUUGUCAUCCGCCGAGACUACCUCCACUACAUCCGGAAGUACAACCGCUUCGAGAAGCGCCACAAGAACAUGUCAGUGCACCUGUCCCCCUGCUUCAGAGAUGUGCAGAUCGGCGACAUCGUCACCGUGGGUGAGUGCCGCCCCCUGAGCAAGACUGUGCGCUUCAACGUGCUCAAGGUCACCAAGGCCGCCGGCACCAAGAAGCAGUUCCAGAAGUUCUGAGCUGCCUACCUGCCCCCCCCCAACCAAAUAAAGUAUUUUCUCAGUCACA